CUGGAGGAGGGUGUGUCACGUGCCAGCACGGAUCUUCGAUGUAUGACUGGCAAGCUCGUGUAGCCAAGAGGAGGACAACUCGUGAACGGAAUUCGGACCCGAAAAUUCCGUCCCAUGCUCGCACCGAGAACAGCGACGAGCGACGAGCGACGAGCGUUGAGCUUCGAGCGAGCUCAGUAACGGGCAGCAGUAUCGGAGCUCGGGAGCUAUGGCGGGAGCGUUGGGACCUGCGCUCGAGUCGCUUCUGCGGCUGCCCGGCCGACAGCAGCAGGUGAAGAUGGGGCCUCUGACUGUGGCGCCCAUGGGGUUUGGGACGUGGGCGUGGGGCAAUCAGCUGUUGUGGAAUUACGAGCCUUCCAUGGACGCGGAGCUGCAGCAGGUGUUUGAUCUUGCGGUCGAGAGCGGAGUGAACCUCUUCGACACCGCUGAUUCCUACGGCACCGGCACUCUCAAUGGGCGCAGUGAGCUCCUCCUGGGCCGCUUCAUUCGCGACUUCCAGGGGUCGGAGAGCAAAAAGAAUCGCAUCGCCAUCGCAACGAAGUUCGCUGCGUAUCCAUGGCGACUGACACCUGGACAGAUCGUCAAGGCCUGCAAGGGUUCAUUAGGAAGGUUGCAGCUUGAUCAACUUGGCAUAGGUCAGCUGCAUUGGUCUGCUGCAAAUUAUGCUCCAUUCCAGGAGCGCGCCCUUUGGGAUGGAUUGGUGGCAGUGUACCAAGAGGGUCUAGUGAAAGCUGUUGGCGUGAGCAACUACGGGCCCAAACAGCUGACUCGAGUGCACAGCUAUCUGGAGAAGAAGGGUGUUCCUCUGAGUGCCGUCCAGAUUCAAUUUUCGCUCAUCAGCUAUGGACCAGAUCAGAAAGAAGUGAAAGCAAUUUGUGAUGAUCUCGGCAUUAAGCUCAUAGCCUACAGUCCACUGGGACUAGGAAUGCUCACGGGAAAGUACUCCGCCUCAAAUGUACCAUCGGGACCGAGGGGUGCACUUUUCAAACAAAUUUUACCUGGCUUAGAGAACUUACAAUCAGUGCUGGCAUCUAUCGCAAAGAGGAGGAACAAGUCGGUUUCACAGGUGGCCAUCAACUGGUGUAUCUGCAAAGGUGCUGUUCCUAUACCCGGAGUCAAGAGCCUGAGCCAAGCCAGGGAUAAUCUAGGAGCUCUCAAUUGGCGUUUAAGUGCACAGGAAGUUGCAAGGUUAGAAGAGGCAGCUGCCACUGCACCUCGAGGCAUGAUUCAAAACAUUUUUCAAACAAGCUAAUCGAAAAUGUGCAAUUUUGACGUAUCAUAUCACCCGAUGAGCGCCGCAU